UUCGAGAAUUUUCGAUUUUGAAUUUUUCUACCAUCUAAAGUAGAAAACAAACGCUAGUCAAAAUGGCAGGACGUUCAGGUGGUAGCCACAAAGACUACAAUAUGAAACUUAUCGACACUUUGUACAAUCAGGUGCCUGCAUUUACAGACGUUUUUGACGAGGAAACUUGGUACAUAUUUGUCGCGUGUUUUGUCACCGGUACCUUGGUACUCGCCUUCAUUUUAUCCAGAUUCAUUACUCUGAAACCUGUCGAAUAAAUUUUCUUUCGCCGUAAUUGGCUUUUCACUAAUUUUUAGCCGAUGCGAAAGAAAUGACUUGA